CCAGGGGUCCUUUCUGCCUCCUGUGCUGGGAGUGUACGAGGGGGGGAGUUCAGUAGGUGCUGCUGAGAGCCGGAAAACCGGUGAGGCCAGACCGUGUGCUUGGUCCCUGCUCUGGGCCAUGCGGUUUGAAACACUGACACCGUGUGCUUGGUCCCUGCUCUGGGCCAUGCGGUUUGAAACACUGACGCUUACCUUCUUCCUGCCCACAGGCUCCACCCCACUGCCCUGGCUCUGCCGGUCUGCAGGGCAGGGUCCCACCUGCCUUCACCACGUGGUGGUUUCCCACGCUCGCUGCACUUUGGAAUCGGCCUGGGAGCUUUGAAAAACAUUGAUGCUGGCACCUCACCUCCAGAAAGCAGGAUUUAAUCAGCCUGGGGCAGGGCCUGGCAUUGGUGGUGUUGAUACACUCCCCGGGUAUUUUCUCAUGCACGUGGCCAGGACUGAGACCCACUGACACAGAUGUUGGCAGCUUCCAUCUGUCCUUGCCUGCUUUCCUGUUGUUCUUGCUGGUGUCCACACUGCAGCUGUGACCACAGUGUAAUCUAGUUACUGGGCAGAGGCCCGAGGGGCUCAGGUGAGCACCCCCUGGGCAGGGGUUCAACAUCUGCCUCUCCUGCUACCCUGCAGGUGCACAAAGGUGGUUGGACUGAGAGCAUCAGCACACCCUCCCCUCCCGCAUCCCCCCAGUCCCGGGGGGCCUCUGCCCCUCAUUCCCGGCUCUACCAUCUCCACCCCCUCCCCCGCAGGGCUGCCCACAGACUGGGGGUGUGGGAAGCAGGGAGGAUGCGUGGAGGGAGCAGCUCCCCCGCCGCCUCUGGCUGGCGAGCGGUUCCUCGGCAACCGCCCAGCCUGACACCAGAUUGGAGUUCACAUGAUUCUGCCUCAGCACAGGAAUGGGCAGCUUCCAGCUGGGGAUUUUCUAGAUGGAGCUGGGAGGCUGGGUCUGCGGGAGAUCGUUGGAGGAGAGCUGGGCGCCCGGCUGCAGGAAGCCGGCUGCUUGAGGUUUGCGGGCAGAGCCCAGCUGGGGCGGGCAGAGUCACGGAGGACUGUGCCAGACUCCCCCCUGGGAGCACUCCCUGCAGCCCGAUUCCCGGAGCUGCCUGCACCUGGCUGCAGAGACCAGGCGGCCUUGCUGGGGCUCGGGAGAGCAGCGCAGGUGGGGCUCCCUCCAGCUAUUUCCAAACUGCUGGUUAUUUAUGACCCAUUAGUGGGUCAGAAAAUCAAUUUAGUAGUUCGCGACCUGCAUUUUAAAAAAUGAAAUAGAACAGAAAAUAUCAGGGCGCAUGGCAAGUACUAGGCAGUAAGAAGCAUCCCUGAGAUUCUAGGCCAGCGCCCUGGAGAGGACAGGGGAGGUGCGACCUCCUGGGACGCUACGACUGGGAGGGCCCCUCCCCCGCCAGUAAUGCGCAGCCCUUGGUAGCGCUCGAAGCACCUUCUACAGACGGGAUGGCGGCGGAGGGACCGGCCCAGCCCCGCAGCCCAUGAGAGCAGAGGCCCCUUUAGGCCCAAAGAUGGGGAACAGCACUGCGGACAACUCCUCGCUGAGCUGCACCAUCGACCACACCAUCCACCAGACGCUGGCCCCGGUGGUCUACGUCACCGUGCUGGUGGUGGGCUUCCCGGCCAACUGCCUGUCCCUCUACUUUGGCUACCUGCAGAUCAAGGCCCGCAACGAGCUGGGCGUGUACCUGUGCAACCUGACGGUGGCCGACCUCUUCUACAUCUGCUCGCUCCCCUUCUGGCUGCAGUACGUGCUGCAGCACGACAACUGGUCGCACGGGGACCUGUCCUGCCAGGUGUGCGGCAUCCUCCUCUACGAGAACAUCUACAUCAGCGUGGGCUUCCUCUGCUGCAUCUCCAUCGACCGCUACCUGGCCGUGGCCCACCCCUUCCGCUUCCACCAGUUCCGGACCCUGAAGGCGGCCGUGGGGGUCAGCGCCGUCAUCUGGACCAAGGAGCUGCUGACCAGCGUCUACUUCCUCAUGCACAAGGAGGUCAUCGAGGACGGGAACCGGCACCGCGUCUGCUUCGAGCACUACCCCAUAGAGCCAUGGCAGCGUGGCAUGAACUACUACCGCUUCCUGGUGGGCUUCCUCUUCCCCAUCUGCCUGCUGCUGGCCUCCUACCAGGGCAUCCUGAGGGCCGUGCGCCGCAGCCACGGCACCCAGAAGAGCCGCAAGGACCAGAUCCAGCGGCUCGUGCUCAGCACCGUGGUCAUCUUCCUGGCCUGCUUCCUGCCCUACCACGUGCUGCUGCUGGUGCGCAGCCUCUGGGAGGCCAGCUGCGACUUCGCCAAGGGCGUCUUCAACGCCUACCACUUCUCGCUGCUGCUCACCAGCUUCAACUGCGUGGCCGACCCCGUGCUGUACUGCUUCGUCAGCGAGACCACGCACAGGGACCUGGCGCGCCUCCGCGGGGCCUGCCUGGCCUUUCUCACCUGCUCCAGGACCGGCCGGCCACGGGAGGCCUACCCGCUGGGCACGCCCGAGGCCUCGGGGAAGAGCGGGGCCCAGGGCGAGGAGCCCGAGCUGUUAACUAAGCUCCACGCCAGCUCGCCUGCGGGCGGGGGGUCCCCCAUGGGGGGCUCAGCCUAGCCUGGGUCCCCCACGCUGGGGCCAGGGAGGCCUGAGCCUGCAGCCGCUGGUCCGGGGCCCUGAGCUUGCUGGCCAGCUGCCCCCCGCUUUGCCAAGCGCAGGUGCCUCUUUUCGCGGGAGGGAACGAUGGCCCUGGUCUGUGGAGGGGAGUAAACCCUACGGGCUCACCCGUGUCCUCUUGCCGGCUGGAUGUGGCCAGGCUGGGGCUCCUGGGGGAGGAAGAGUGAGCUGUGGCUUCCAGGAGGUUUUCAAAGAGCAGCUGGUGAGGGGCUGUGGAGUGGAGGGUCAUGGGGUGGAGGAUCGGGAGGUGAGGUGGGCAGCUGGGUGUCCACCUGCCAGGGCCUUCCAGGGCCAUCAUCAUCACAGAUGAUACCUGUCCAAGUGCACCAACCACUGUUACAUGAUGAUAUGACACAUGAAGCUGUACUGUCAUCAUGAACCCUGGAGCCCAGCCCCACGCAGGGUGGGAAGGGGGGAUUGGUUGGGGAGAAGGGAGGUGGGGGGUGUCUGGGUCGCUGGGAGUGGGAGUGAGGCCAGUGAGGGUGUGACAGGCAGAGGAGGUCUCUAGCUCCAGCCAUUUCACGGUUUCACAGGAGGCUGAGCAGAUCCCCAGCCUGAAGGCUGAUGGAAAACAAUCCCCAGGGCUCCCUGGGGAGAUGUCUGUGGUCCUUAAAAAGUCUGCACAGAAGCUCAAGUGUCAGGACAGGGGCCUGAAGCCAGCGUGUCUUUGAGCAAGUGGCCGACACAGACUCCUCCUAAUCAGAUUUCUGUUUCCCCGAAGGGCCAGAUCUGGAAGCCUGGGGUGGGCGGGGGUGGCAGAGUGUGUGUGUUCAUGGUUAAAAUGCCACAGUCUCCAUGACAGCUGUGUGCCAAGACCCUGGGGCUAGGACCCUGUGACCGCAGUACCCCACCCCCUCCGCCUUGUCCCCUUCCACACCCACGGUGGCGUGUCUAGCAGUCUCGGAGAGGAGCACGUGUUCUCCCCGAGUGCUCGGCUACAACAGAGCAAAUAUGACAGGCGCACGCUCUGGCAGCUCUCUGCCAAAGGCCCGGGGUAAAGUCUGCUCUGGUUUAAAUAGCUCCGUGACAAGGAGAAGAGGUGGCCUCUGUUCUCUGUCUCUGCUCCGCUGCCGAUGUCCCACCUGACCCACCAGGAGAGUGACAUUGGGUGUUUGCGCCAUGCGUAGCCCAGAGUCCUGACCGCCAUCUUUUGUUCUGUCCUGAAAGGCUGGCCCCCAAGGCUUUGUUCUGCCCUGGGGCUCAUCUCUCCCGCAACGUUGUGCCUGACCACGUUGAGGUGUCCCUCCCACUCCCCGACACGUGCACACACGCGUGCGCGCGCACACACACGGAUUUCUCCUGUUCAGUUUUGCACAAAGCUUCGUGCCCCUGAGUGCCAUCCCUUCGAAGGUCUCUGGAGAGUGGCAGGGAGUAGAAGUUGGCAUGUUGGAACUUUUCUGGAAUCUGCCAGAGGGGGCUAGGAAGAACCCCUUUCUCAAUCUCCCUCCCCUUCUUCUUCCCAACCUCCAAGAGGUUGAUCCUUUACCCGGUGUCUCUUAACCCGUCCAUCAGGGGUGCCCAGAGGCAGGCAGCCCAGACUGGAUGUGCCCCAGGGAGGCAUGGUCACUGUGGUCCCAGGGCUACACUUGACUUUGACUGGGCAGCCUCUGCCCAGAUCCUUGUGGAGGGCCUCCCGUGCCCUGGGGAGGUUCUCUUCCCCUUCCUGGAGGAGAAAGUGACUAGAUUUGAAGGUGGCAGAAAUGGCCACACAGCCAGGAAGAGCCCACUCAGCCCCAGCCCAGGAUCUUACUGGGUCAGUGGCAUUGGUUGAACCCUCCAUGCCACCUCAUUGUACCGCAUCCCCUCUGUUCUGACUGUAGACACCGGCGUUUCCACGGCAUGGACUGGGAUGAGCUGAGGUCAGUGCCAUUUACUGUCAAGAACUGUGUUUUUGUAUUGUCCUCUCUUUUAUGUCAAGUCUGUGUGUGCCGACUGUGCCAUGGGUUUAUGUAGCAAACUUCAGUCUGCAAAUAAAGCAAAGUAACCAGCCGCA